CCCUCUUCUCUCAGGCGAUCGAAAGGCUACAAGUGUCCACCGGGUGACUCCCCGCUCAAGUUCAAGUUCAAGCAUCAGCUGAUAGUGACGCACGCACCAAACACAUACCAGCCUUGUUCCCCAUACUCUCGCCUUCCCAGUAGCACGCCUCUACCUUCGCCUUCCCACCGAGUCUACGUCUUCGGUAACAGUUUAGCCCUCUUAUUCACCCAUCGCAUUCCCACUGACUGCAAAUGAUAUCACAGUGACCACAGCACCACUUGAGUUUCCUCCUCCUCCUCCUCCUCCUCCCACCCAGCCAUGGAGAAGCCACUGGAGAAAUGCCUCGACGAAAUAUCGCACAGCCCAGGGGUGUCAGGAGUGCUGUGUGCUGAUCACAAGGGACUGUGCCUUGGAGUGCGAGGGAAGGCAAACAGUGGGUCGUCUGGAACUGUGGUAGCCUUGGCAGAGAGGGUUGCCAUGCUGGAGCCUGGCAGCCUUGACCCAGUCAUUCUGCUGGAGGGUGAUAACAGUCAGUGCCUCAUCCACCGCAACAAUGGUGUCACCCUUGCCGUCUACAAGUCUCCAGAGACAUCAUGAGUCCUGUCUCACCACCUGAUGAGACUAACACAUAUAUACAUAUAGCUAAUCAUCAUUCUUAGAGUAUUAUUAUAAUAGUGCAUUGUUGCAAAACUAAUCUUGGGUUUUUAUAUUGUACAUCUGCAAAAACAAAAAAACAAUUAUAUACUGCCUUAAUUUGAGUACAACUUUUAUGCUGCUUAUGCCCAUUAUUUACUUCAUGUGAAAUUGGUGCCAAGUGAAGAAUAUAACCAAGACCAUGUAAGACAUAACUGAACUUGAUUCAGAUGGACUGUAAUUAUAUUUAUGCGUCAUAUGAUUCUCUAGGUGAGGGAAUGGUGUGCGUCAUCAUUCCCUUGUCAGUAAUACGGAAAGUUUGCAAGUCUGAUUUGAGAAAAUUGAUCAUAUACAGUCUUUACAAUUUUCUGCUUUUGAUCAUGCUUCAGAUCAAACUUGCAAAUUGGUAGACUCAUUUAAAUUACCCCCUUCCACCAAAUUUGAAUUUCCACCAAAUCAAGUUCCAUUACUUUCUUAAUUUAGUAGGAUAUUCCUAAAAUUGAAUGUGACUCCAGUAAAAUUAAUGACAAAGGCACUUUGGACAUCACACAUUAGAUUUGUUUGCAUGUUUUCAUCUGCUCAAUCUGUCUUGCAGCCACCACCACUUAUGCAUAUCAUGUCAUCAAAAAAUUAAUGUAUUCCACUAAAUCUCAGUUUAGGAAACUAUUACUGUAAAUUAAGCUAAAAAUUAAUGUCAAAUAUGCUUUCCACUUCAUUAAAUUUCACUAAAUCUUGUUUACUUUAUACCUGUAAUAUGUUAUUCAAUGGAGCCAACAUACAUGACAUUACCAAAUACAUUAGAUUUGAC